CAGCGGGAGACACGAUGAGACAGCAGACAGCAGACAGGAUCCCUGGCCUGACACUGAGCGACUGACUGCAGCUGACCCCUGGCCUCAACUGCAACAAGCAACAAGAGUGACCCGACACACGUACGAAGGAGGCCAUGACCUGAUACAGCCCCAGGCCAGCCUACACCCCCUGGCCCGAAACCCCCCCUGCAACACUCACCAGGCCCUUAAAGGCCACCUCACCCGCAUAUCCAGGUAUCCUGACCACGUCGCAUCCUCGCGCCCACCACACUUCUACUCGCUCUCUCUCUCUCUCUCUCUCUCUUCCUCAACUGGCCACCUACCUCAUCUUCCCCCAGUAACAAACAAUAACCAACAAAAGAGCUCCUAUUGCUUCUACUUAAUCUUCUCACUUGCUGGCAUGAUGCACUCCGUCUCUCAAUUCACACCCCAGCGUCAGCUUCCUUACCUCCCUCAGGCUUGCAGGACUUGCCCUGAUCAAUCAACGCCAGAGGUAGCCUACCAGCGUCGUUCGCAAUCAAGCCCACUCCAGCAGCACCAACAACAACCUGUCGCGGGGAUCGCCCGAUCACGUCUCGUUACAAAAGGCCCCUGGACAUCGCAAGAAGACGCCCUCUUGCUCGACUUGGUGCGCGAAAUCGGGCCAGAGAAGUGGGUCAUCAUUGCUCAACGACUCGCAACACGCUCUGGCAAGCAGUGUCGUGAACGCUACCACAAUCACCUCAACCCAAACCUCAAACGUUCACCCUUUUCGCCAGAGGAGGAAGCCACCAUCCUCGCACUCUAUGCGCAAAUGGGACCUAAAUGGGCCAACAUUGCAAAACAUUUGCCAGGACGCUCAGACAAUGCCAUCAAGAACUACUACAACACGGCCUUACAGCGUCGUCAGCGUAAAAAGACAAGCCCCUUGUCUGCUGAUCGUUCCAAUUACAUGCAACGCUCCGUGUCGCAGCCAUACCCAACCUCGUCUCCCUCGCACCGACGUCGUUUGUCCUUCAGCAGACCACCGUAUGGUUUCCAGCUGCCAACACCAGACAUGGCUGCUAUGCAUGACAGGGAUGUCUUCCAAUUGCCAACACCAGACACGGUCAAGGUGGAGGGUGAAUCCUACUUCACCCCGUUCUUUGUUCCCUCACCACCAAAGUCACCAUCACCUCAAAGUGCCACCUCCAACCUGUCUAGCUCGCCGUCCUUUGAACGUACGCCAAACUUUCAACUCCCUCGAGUGGAUUGGAAACGACCCAUGUUGCAGGAAAGACGCUUGCAGCUCGCACCACUCAUGUCACGCACCGUCUCGGAACCCAUUCGAGAGAAGAUGUCCAUCAAUAAUCUCCUUGGUUGAAUGGUUGAAAGCACUCCUUUGGCCUAAACGCAUGAAAGCAUGAAAGCAUGAAAGAAAACAUUGGUUCAACGCGGGCACCUGGUGUGUCCCACCCCUCUCAACAGCAUCUUAUAGACCUAAUUUACGACGCAACGACCUAAUACGAAAACAAUCUCAUU